AUGAUGAUGAUGAUGAUGAUGAUGAUGAUUGUGAAUCCUCUGCCCCCUCAGCCCGGUGACGAUAGCCCCGUUCCCAUGGAGAUAGCUCUGCUGGAGCGGCUGUCGGAGGUCAAAGGUCACACAGGAGUCGUCUCCAUGCUGGACUGGUUCGAGGUGGAGGGGCAGGGCUUCCUGUUGGUGCUGGAGCAACCACCGACGUGUCAGGACCUGUUCGACUUCAUCACCGAGCGAGGGGCGCUGCAGGAACACCUGGCGCUCAGGUUUUUCCGUCAGGUCGUGGAGGCGCUGCAGUUCGUGCACGCUCAGGGCAUCGUCCACAGAGACAUUAAAGACGAGAACAUUGUGGUCGACACGAGGACGCUUGACGUCAAGAUCGUGGACUUCGGAUCCGGAGCUCCGCUCAAAGAGGCGCCGUACAGCGAGUUUGAAGGUACUCGGGUGUACAGUCCUCCUGAGUGGAUCCUGCAUCAGUCCUACCACGGCCUCCCGCUCACCGUCUGGUCUCUCGGCGUUUUGCUCUUUGACAUGGUCUGUGGUGAUAUCCCAUUCGAUCGCGACCAGGAAAUUGUCGGGGCCACGCCCAUUUUCACCAGACGGGUCUCCAAAGAAUGUCAGUCUCUGAUUCGCUGGUGCCUCUCGUUCCGUCCAGAGGAGCGUCCGACGCUGGAGGAGAUCCUGAAUCACCCCUGGAUGGAGGAGGGGGGAGGGGACCUGCAGGACGACGACAGCUCUCUGCCUUGUCAGUCCCUCUGACGCACGGCCCUGAACGCCACAGGCCGACACGGCUCAGCCACCAGGGCGGCGACAGAAACUAAUACCUCACACAGGACUUUAAAGGAGCAGGUCGUGUUUUCAACUGCUGGAGGACAAACCAGUUUAUUUCUGCCUCAAAAUCAACAUCUGAGGUCCCUGAUGGUGACGUGUCCUUGAAGUCAACGACACCGGCGCAACAAACCCGUCAAGAGAGAGAAAGUGAAGCAGCUGCAGGAAGAAGAGAAAAGUAUUUAUUCAAGUCUGAUUAUUUAUCUGAACGCAGCAGGUUCAGAGGUCGUGUCUGAUUGGUCGAGACUGACUUCCUCUUUGGUUAUUUAUUGAUCGGAGUAUUUAUUUGGUUUUUCAGAACAGAAACACGUUUGUGUUUGGAAAUCGAAUGACAGUUUUCACCUCUUCUGUUCAAGAAAGACAUUUAUAGAUUUAAGUUUGAUACUUUUCCUUAUUUUUGAUCGGUUCAGCUCAACAAAAGAAAAUGUAAAUUAAUAAUUUAUAAAAAAUAAUAACUGAUGUUUUCUCAGUUAAACCUUUGUGUCACAUGUGGAGUCGGCAGCGGGUCUGUGGAUGUUUGACUCUGGAUUUUCUCCAUUUUCCUCCCGUUGCUCAGACGACUCGGACGUUUACAGUAAAGUGUCCUGACGGAUUGAAACAGAAACGUUUCAGCAGGUGAAUCAGAGACAAGACAACGAAGCAGAAUUUUUUUUAAGUCUGAGUUUCCACUUGCGUCCUCUGUUCUGACGAGGAUCGGGUCUCAGGUUCGUCAUGUAAAUACUUGUGUAUUGUUCAGGGGUCAAAGGUCAAAGUGGCUCGUUGGUCACUUGUUUCUAUUUAUUUACAUUAAAUAAGAAUCUGGAUCAAGAGAAAAAAGAUCCGAUGUUUGAAUUAAAAGUUUCUGUUUUCAUCACAUCGUGUCCUGGUCCAGACUUAAGAGCAAAAUAAAGAGUUCUGUCAAACUCUGGGUUUAAAUUCACUUUUAUGGACAUGUUAAAGAAACUGUGUCUCUGUUGUU